AGGCACACCACCAACUCUAAACAAACAAAACGGAAGCGUAUCCCACGCGGCUUUGUUAUUACAGUGCUGUGUCAAAAAUAAUAGAAAUAAACGUAAGAUUUACUAAAAAGUUUCAAGCCUAAUUCGUAUCAUGUAAUUUUUCCUUGACUAGGUACUAUUACUAUGCAUCGGGCCUAAUAGUGGUUGUUGUUUUUUUGUCUGAAUCGACAUCCAUUGAUUGUUUUUGUUGGUAGUAAUGGUAGUCACGUCAGUGAUAUUCUAGUAUUUGUUCAGUGGGUGACCGUCCAGUGUAUAAGUAAACAGUUGUAGUCUUUUGGCACUUAGUUUUGUCAGUAUUUUGUAUGAAAUGUAUGUAACAUUUAAUAGGUAAAUUCCUAUGUAGUUUGUGUAUUGAAGUUUAGAACCUUUCUUGUAGGCCCUACUUGUAACUUGGGUCGCCAAAAUUGGGGUUAUUAGGGACCUCGGUAUCGACCGGAAAUACCCGAAAAACGGGUAUCGUAUUUUCGUUGUCAUAAUGGCGACCUCUACUUUUUAAUUUACUUAGGGUAUCAUUGUUUCGCGUUUUAUAAUCGAUUUUCAGCAUAAUAAUAUAAUUUUACUUUAAGCCAAUGACAUUAUUAUCUUUCCUGUUAUAUUAAGAGUUCGUUUGUUUUUUUGGGUCAAGAUUAAAGCUUCGAAAAUUGAAGCUAAAAAUUGGUCAACUUCCCUCAGUAAUAACUUUUUUUUUAAAAUGCGCUCCAUCAUAAACAAAAUCCGCUCAUAUAAUUUAUAGGUGCAUUUACAACAUAUCCAAAAUUCAUGAGUGUAGACCAUGUCAUUUUUUUAGGCUAUGUAAUUUGUCAUCAUGGCCACCGGGCUUGUCUGCUUAUUUCCAAUUAUCGAUAGCAGCCGUAGUGGGGUAAUUAAUAAUUCAUUAAGUUGGUUAUCCAGACAGAGUUUAAAAGGGAAAUAUAACUAAUAAUAAAUCAUUUUAUAUAAAUAAAAAAUGUUUUAUAAUGUAAAUAAUUAUUAUUGGCUUAUUGAAUAUCAAUGAUUUUAAUUUUUGGGUUGGUUGCCAUGGACCUGGCUGACUCUGACAUGGGAUUGAUAAGCUCUUGUCUUUCACUUAGAUACCGUAGUGAUAGGCUUAGUAAAAGUAUUAUAAUAAUAAUUAUACUAUUACAAAUGAUUUAAGGAGUGGGAUGAAUAGCUUUUAUUACAACUAAUAUAUUUAUCAUUUAUAUUAGUUUAUAUAUUUAUAGAUAAAUUUUUAUUUGUAUAUAUAUACCGGUAUAUAUGACCAUAGGCUAUAGGCCUUGUAUACAUAUAGUAUAAUACAAAGUAUACUAUAUCAGGGUUAAGGCCUAGACCCAACCCUGCUAAUUUGUAGGGCCUAUUAUAAUAAAUUAUAUUGAAUGAUAUUUUAGGAUAUGUAAUAAAAUUUUAAUGAAUAUUGUGAUUCUUACUUAAUGCAUAAACUAAGUAAAACAUUUUAAAAUAUUCACUUACCUUUGGUAUUGAAAUAUCCUAUAUUUAAUCACAUAUCACAAUAUUCCACAAGAGAAUUAUUAUAUAAUCCUCAGUUUCUCAAAGAAAAAACACACUUUCUGGCACUACAAUCCAAGAAUUACUUAAGAUAUUAUUAUUAAAGAACAAUCUACUAGGGGUGUGCCGGAUCCGUUUUUUCCAACCGGAUCCGGAUUUUCUUAUGCGAAAUCCGCCGGAUCCGGAUUCCGGAAUAUUCCGGUUUCUCCCGGAUUUUGGUACUAUUGGUAGAUACUUCGGUAAGUCAAGGUGGACUACUACUUUUUGUGUAUGGGAAUUCGCAAUCGGCGCCAAAAAAUUCGAGUUUUUAAUUUUCCGAUGUGUGUGUCUAUUUAUUAUUAAAUUAGUACUUUCGAUAUAUAUUUGAGUUCCGUUCCAUUUGGAUAUGUGUCUUACGAGAGACGCCAUGUUUCUACGCGUUCGCAGCAGGUCAUGCAGCUCGCUCAACCUAAUUUCGCCAUGGGGUUGGCCACGCCCCCCUUUUUAAUGGCGGAAGUUGACGAUACUUAGGAAAUAUUAAUAUAUUAUCACUAUUUACAUCAAAAUAAUUGAUAACUUGUGUUUCAGAAUGCAUUUAAAGACAUUUAAACUGGAAUGUUUUAAUUUGAGCUUUAACAACCCGGUAGAAUCCAUAUUAUAAAUGAUCAGAAUUUACCGUGUGCAACACGUUGUCAUUGGCAACCAUUCACAGCCACUUGCAUAACUGUAUCGUAGUACUACCUCAGAGUUUCAUUCAUAAGAGUUUGCCGUGUGCAAAAACUAUUAAACCAUUGGUCAGGGAAAGCUUUAAUUAAUUAUUCAUGUGCCAAAGUUGAAAGUUUAAACUAAGUCUAAACAGUAUUUUAGUGAUAAGGCAGGGAAUGCGUUGCCUUAUAUAAACUAUAUAGUCAUUGCGCAUGACGGGAUUGGCGGAAUGAGAUCACAGAAUGUGGAGAUGCAGUCCAUGUUAAAAAAUGACAAACCAAGUCGUACUUUAAAAAUUCAUAACUUUAAAACUACAACAGCUAAAAAUAUGAUUUUGGUGUUAUAAUUCUUUAAAAAAUUACAUCUUUUCAACUAUGCCAUUGGUUUAUUUUUACAAAAAGUUUAAAUUUUCUUAUCAAAGUCCCUACACUAUUGGCCACUAUUAGCGGUGCUGACUCUAGCCUCUGGUAUGUACGGAAUAUUAAACAUUAAACAAGCUCAACGCUCGAAACAAUCGAUUAAUGUAUCGUGAUCGUGUGGAAUUCGGGAAAGAGAAUUACUUUUAUUUCAGAUUAUGAUCCGGUGAGUCACAAAAUCUGGCAAAUUCCGAAAUCCGGUUGUUCCGGAUACAUGUAAAUCCGGCGGAACCGGAUUUCACCGGAUAGUGCAAAAUCCGGCGGAACCGGAUUCCGGACCGGACUCCGGCACACCCCUACAAUCUACUUACCUCUAGAAAAUGACUAGAACUUAUUUUAUUUAACAGCUACAGUUGAUUCUAAUAAUACAUGUUGAUUUGUAAAACAAGAUUACAAACUUAAAAUAAAUGACAUGCAGAUUGUUUUGUCAUACUCAUAGGAAUAAUAUAAUAUAUAGUAUACAUUAUGUAGGAAAUGGUAAAAUAAAAAGUGUAAUUGUCAAUUUUAAAUAAAUAAAACAAAUAAUCCCUUUAUUAUUUGUUUAUGCUUAAUAAAUGCUAAACAAUUCCACAGAAAAUCUGCAAUUAAUAUCUAAAGAUUAUUAUUAUUAUUAUGAUUUUUGGGAAAUUAAAAACAAAAUUAAAACAAAAUUUUAAUUAAUUAUUACAAAUAAGUGAUGAGUCAGUAUUUUUAUACAUUUUUUAAUAGGCAAAUAAUAAAGGUUUUUCUUUUUAAUAUUUGCGACACAUUAACAAAAACUAACGUAUAUUUUGUGGCUUUAUUUAGAAGUACUCUUAUUUAACUAUGUUCCCUGUAAAUAUUAUAUUUUUGCCUCAUUUUAUAAUAAAGUUAUAGGUGUUAAAAAAAAGCAAAAUGUUGAGGAAAAUCCCAUACGGUAGUAAAAAAGUGGUUUUGAGGUCCCUACUAAAAAAUUCAUAACUUUUAAACCACUUGAGCUAGAAAGUUGAUCUUGGUGUUUUUUUAAAUCUAUUCUCCAGGCUCUAUACAGCUGUAGUAUUUUUAUAUUUUUUGAAAUUUUCAUCAAAGUGACUAAUUAUAAGUAAGUCACUGUAACUGUAAGUACCUUUAUAGUGUUUAGAGUUUCAUAUCUCUACUCAUUACUGUCUCCAGGAAAAGGUAGCCGCCUUAAUUUUUUGGGUAAGGAUCUCCUGGGUUCCUCCCCUUCCUUCUGAGUAGGUUCUUAUUUUCGUCCGCCCUGGGUAUUUUAUUUACUCAGUACCCAAUCUCCGGUGGCCUUCCCCCUAACCGGGGGGUGGGGCACUCGAUGGAAGAUCAGUAUCUUGGCACGAGUUACUUAGGCAUAGGUUAGGGGUAAAUAUCCUCAGUUCAGUGUAUCUUAUUUUAAUUUAGGGGCCAUCCAUAAAUAAGUCACGGGGUCAGUUUUCUAAUAUUACUACAUCUUAAUCCAUUAUGGGAAAAUGUCAAAGAAUAAAAUAAAAUCUUAGUUUAGUUAUGAAAAUUUUUUGUAUGUUUUGAAUUAUUUUAGGUGUGACAUGACAAGGGGGAGGGGUGUUAAGCAAUGGGAGAUCACAAUAAAAGCGGAACAUUAUUGAAAAUAAUUACACUUAAAUUAUAAUAACAUAAAUUUCAUUUUGCACAUUUUAAAAUAAAGUAAUUAAUAAUUCCUUUUUUUUCUUAAAAAUGCGUACCAAAUUCGACACCCUGGGGUUUCCAAAGACACGGGACCGAAUUCCCAAAACUUAACCAGUUGAACCAGUUUGCUUGCUCAGGGGCCGGGCAGAUUGUUCUACAUUUUUUUCAUUUUCUUCUAAUUUUAACUUCAGUCCUAUAGUUUGAGUUACAAUUUCAAUGAUAGCAUCAAAUAUAUUCUUAAUUACAAUUCUGAAAAAUUUAAUUUUAAUACGUUUUGAUUUCCAAUAAUUUACCUUGUUUAAAAAGCGUGUUUUUUUUCCUGCAAUAUAUCACGUUAAUGGUCACUUUGCUUAUUAUAUUUAAGCUAUAAUUUAUAAAUGUGGUUAUAACUUCAAAACGCUUAAGAACAAUGUGUACUAGAGCUACUUAGCUUAAUUAAUAAUUCAGCACAGGUAUCUACAAUUUCCCUGGCUUAUUUAUAUUACUUAAAAUGACACUUAGUGGCAAUCUGCCAAAAUAAAAUAUUUGGGAUUUUCCGGGAUGGGAAAAUUUCUCAUUCUCAGUCUUUUGUUUAAAUAAAAUUGUUCUGGAUCCCUGGAAAGUAACCCUAGUCUGACUUGAUUAGUAUACUCCUUUUCAUUAUCUGUCUCAUCCCAUCAUAUAAAACUAUGAGUCAAUCCAGGCAUACAUUAUUUAGAACGUAUUUGUGACUAUCAUGCACAUAGCCCACAUUACUUAUUACCUUGUGGUUCUUUAGACUCUUAGUAUAAAGACACUUAAAUUUAUAUAAUAAUAUACCAGCUAAAGUUAAUUUUAAUUGUGAAAAUCCACACAUUGAUUGAUGCAUUAUAAUCUGCAGUUUAAUUAUUUGGUAAUUAAAAUGUAUCCCACCCUUUACCCAGUCACUCAGAUUUCCAGGUGUUGAAUAAUUAUUCUACGUUACUAAAAUGCUUCUGUUCAUUAUUUUUGCUUUUCAUCCUAUUUUUUUUUUAAAGCCAUGCUAAAAAAAAGGUCAAAAGCACAUCUUUAUAAUAAUACUUAAAUUGUUGUAACUAUCUUGCAUAACUCAUUUUUACAGAUUGAAAUCCUAUGAUGGGAAAGAGCAGAAAGUCAGAUGCGAAUCAGUCUGUUGAUGAUAAUGAUGACUCUGUCGUCAGCAACAGUGGGAGAGUUAAGAUCAGCUGGGAAGACAAAGUCAAAUACCUCAGCCCUAUUGCUAGUCCCCUUGCUUCAAAAAAACUGACCAAAAGACUAUACAAAAUUAUUAACAAGGCAAAGGCGAACAACUCCCUAUAUAAAGGAAUUAAAGAAGUGCAAAAGCGGCUGAGAAAAGGUGACAAGGGAAUUAUAGUUUUAGCUGGAGAUGUCAGCCCGCUUGACAUCAUAUCACAUAUACCUAUCAUGUGUGAGGAAGGAGAAAUUCCAUACUGCUACACACCUUCCAAAAGUGAACUGGGGGAAUCAUAUGGUACCAAAAGACAAGCCUGCAUAGUUCUCAUCAAAGAAAAUGAUGCAUAUAAAGAUGCUUUUCAGGAGAUCAAAGCUAAAAUUGCUGAAAUACCAACUUCUUAUUAAAAUUUGAACAUUUUGAAAUGAUGUUUUUUUGUAAUUAUUAUCAGUAGUAUAAGAUUAUUAAGAUCAUUGUCCAUUUGUGACAGCCUCUAUUCUCUACCCACACUGGUUUAUAAAAGUAAAAUAUAGUCAAAUAACUAUUCACUUGGAAUUGUUAAUUUACAUGGUCAC